UCUCAUUUGAGAGUUGUCUGUGCUUUUGAUGGAUUUUUUAAAUCCUGUGGUAGGAAACUAUCUGGGGUUCUGUAACAUGAACUCAGUGUGUCGGGGAAUCGUGUGAAGGAGAAGCACUGACUGUAAUAUUAAGGGCAAAUCUGAAGGGUGAAAGGAGCUGCAGUUUGAACAGGAUGUUGGCCUGGACGGUUCUAGGUCUGCUUAUAAUUCAAAUGCCAAGUGUCUUAACUCUGUCAAAAGGUUAUACUUUAAUUAAUGAAGACUGUCCAGGGGCCGAGUGGAAUAUCAUGUGUCGAGAUUGUUGUGAAACGGAUCAGAUUGAAUGUGUUUGUCCUGGGAAGGAUGAGGUUGUGGGAUAUUCUGUCCCAUGCUGCCGGAAUGAGGAAGAUGAAUGCGACUCUUGUUUGAUACACCCAGGCUGCAUCAUCUUUGACAACUGUAAGGGAUGUAACAACGGAUCAUGGGGAACGUUGGAUGAUUUCUACAUCAAAGGACUUUAUUGCUCAGAGUGCCAUGCUGGCUGGUCAGGGGGAGACUGUAUGAAAUGUGGGGCUGUUAUAAAUGCUUCAAGAGGGCAAAUUGUUCUGGAAGGAUAUCCCAGCAACUCUCAUUGUGAAUGGACAGUGUCAGUGAAUUCCAGUUUUGCUAUUGAAUUACGAUUCUCCAUGCUGAGUCUGGAGUUCGAUUACAUGUGCCAAUAUGAUUAUGUGGAAAUCCGUGAUGGCGAUAACAUUGACUCCAGGGUUGUUGGAAAAUUCUGUGGAAAUGAAAGGCCUCCCCCAAUCAGGACUACUGGGAGCUCGUUACAUAUUUUAUUUGUAUCUGAUGGGUAUAAAAGCUUUGAUGGAUUUUUUGCUACAUUUGAGGAAGUUGAUGUGUGCUCCUCAUCUCCUUGCUUACAUGAUGGACUGUGUCUCCAGCUCGGACCAGCUUACUAUAAGUGUGCCUGUCUAGCUGGGUAUACAGGCAAAUGGUGUGAAAACAUGGUGAUAUGUAGGAAUCCCAUGGCCCCAGUCAAUGGUACAGUGGAAGGAGACGAUUUCCGGUUUGGUUCCCAGGUCUACUACAGUUGUGAUGCCAAUUUCAAGUUGGUUGGAAGUAACAUUGCCACUUGUCAACUGGAUGGGAACUGGAGCGUGAGUACACCGCGCUGUGAGAGCAAGAGCUGUCCUGACCCUGGUGUGCCACUGAAUGGGCAACAAAAAAUUCUCCCAAGAAGCGAAAAUGUAAGCACAGGCUAUGUAACCAUUGGCACCAGUGUGCAGUUCACCUGCAGAGAUUCGUUUAUCCUGAGUGGUAGUGCACAAAGAAGGUGUCAACAGGAUGGAACAUGGACGGGGAAGCAACCGACUUGUACAAAAGGGAACGAUACCUGUCCUGACCCUGGUGUCCCACUAAAUGGCCAUCGAAGAAUUCUUCCAGGAAGUGGUCAUAUAAACCAGGGCUAUGCAACUGUGGGUACGAUCCUGCAAUUCACUUGCAAUUAUUUGUUUCUUCUGAGUGGAAGUGCACAAAUAAUUUGUCAAGAGGAUGGAAUGUGGACAGAGAAGCAACCAAUCUGCACAAAAGUGAAUAUCAACUGUACUGUCCCUGGUGCACCGCUAAAAGGUCAACAAAGAAUUGUCCUGGGAAGUGGGGAGAUACACCAGGGUUAUGCAACUGUGGGCACCACCAUGCAGUUCACCUGCAGUUAUUCAUUUGUCUUGAGUGGGAAUGCACAGAGAACAUGUCAACAGGAUGGAACAUGGACAGAGAAGCAACCCACCUGUGUAAAAGCUUGCAAACAACCUAAGCUUCCUAAUCUGGUGAAACAGAAAAUUUUGUCAACACAACCUCAGACCAGGAAGACUCCACUACAUAGACUGUUUUCUACUAUACAAGACAAGGAGCUAUCCCAAAUUUCUCCCACUAAAAUCCCUGUACAUCAUAUUGGGAAUCUUCCUGCAGGUUUCUUUCAUCCCCACACACAGCUGGAAUAUGAGUGUAUCUCCCCUUUCUACAGGCGUCUUGGAAGCAAGAAAAGGACAUGUCUUAAAACGGGAAAAUGGAGUGGACGAUCACCAACAUGUAUUCCAAUUUGUGGAAAACUUGGCAACUUCAGCCUGCAGAAUCUCCCCUCAAUGGCUUGGGCAUGGCAGGCUGCGCUUUACCAUAAGAUGUCACGCACCAGCAACGAGAUCGUCAGGCAGCAGGCAUGGUUCCUGGCUUGCAGUGGGGCACUCCUGAAUGAACGGAACAUUGUUAUUGCCGCCCACUGCGUGACAGAGCUGGGAAAGGCGGUGGUGAUCAGCACAGCCGAUAUGAUGGUGGUCCUGGGGAAGCAUUACCAUGAGGAAGAACUGCAAGAAAAGAGCCGACAAUAUCUACAAAUUGCUGCAGUUAUUGUGCACCCCUCCUAUGACCCAGUACUACUAGAUUCAGAUAUUGCAAUCGUCAAACUAAUGGACAAGGCCAAAAUCACUGACCAUGUGCAGCCUGUAUGUCUUCCUGAUGUAAAAGAUCUAUCGAAUAUGAAUACACAGGGAUAUGUCACAGGGUGGAGAAUGCAGCAUGAUGCCAACGACUCGGCUCAUACAAAUGACACGAUCCGUGUGGGCACUAUUGAAAUAGGCGACUCUGUCCAGUGCGAGCAGCAGUAUGAAGACCAUGGGAUCUCUGUCAGCAUCACUGAGAACAUGUUCUGUGCCCGUCAGGAUCCAAAUGGAUUCUCAAACAUUUGCCCAUUGGAGACAGGUGGCGUGGCAACUUUCCCUGCUCCAGACAGGGCGGGCUCUGCUUUCACUUGGUACCUGGUAGGCUUGGUGAGCUGGGGCUAUGAGAAAGGAUGCAGUGAAGAACUUUUCACUGUUUAUACAAACGUCACUCCAUUCAAAGAUUGGAUUGAAAAACACCUGAAAUAAAGCUCUUUGCAUGAUGCAGCAUCUCAAAAAUCUUACAUGAACAAUGGCGUUCAAUUUCCAGUUUGCAUCAUCUGAAUUGUUCAAUAUGUUUAUGGAUAAUCAGUAUUUACAUUAUAACUUUAAUUACUUAGCACAGAUCAUCCUUCUUUCCAAACAACUGAAUUGAUGGUACAGACUGUUUCUGAGGAGAUGCAAAGCUAGACUGCCAAAUUACAAUGAUUUUAUAAUUCCACUGCAAGAAUCCAGUUCACUUUCCUCCUUUACCUCAAGCCAAGAUUACUCCUCUUUCGCUUCAGAGAGAAAAAAAAAUCUGCAUUCCCACAAUCCAGGGAUCAAAUUUACUCCCUCUCCUAGAGUCAAAUUCACUUUUCCUCCCAUCAGAAAUCAAAUUUACUACAGAACUGGCUACAACAUAGUUGGAUGCUAACCAGCAUUUUGAAAACAUUUAGCAUAACUUUUUUUCUGAUUUUCAGUGCCUUUGCAGUUCUCUCUUAAAGCCCAAGAUCAGAUGUAAUUUUUUUUAAAAGCCUCAGUCUGUCCAACCAGCUUCAAAGAUUUGUGUCUAAGAUCCUUCUGUUCUUUCUAUUCCUAUUCUUAAAGUUGAAUAAUUUAUUUCAUAUUGACACACCUGAUAUUUUUCUCCAAAAGUCACUUUUCUGUAUUAACUUUCAUCAAUCCUGUGACUUUCUGGACUGUCAUUGUCUCCCCAGGGUCUGUUAUUCACUCUUCACUACUUAGUCUGUUUUUUUUAAUCAUCUGUAAACUUUAAACUUCUAGUAAGUGAAUUAAAAAAACUUGUGUUUAGUGCCUUGUCACAUCACUUGAUCAAUUUAUGAAAUGCUUUACAAAAUGAAUUACUUUUGAGGUGUAGAUGACUUUGACUAGCAUUGAUAGAGCCUGUUUCAGCUUCAGAAACCUGCAAAAACUUUUCACAGUUAACAAAUUGGAGUUGUAAACACUAGUUUAAAUUAGCAGCCAAUUUAAACACAAAGAUCUUUCAAGUAACAAUGAGUUGACUAAUCAGAUAAAAUGUUUAAUAGAUAUUAUGGUGGAUAUAAAUAUUGUUCAGGUGACCCGGAAAACUUAGUUAUUUGGUCUUUUACAUGCACCACAAAACACAGACAGGGCCUUAGGUUAAUAACUCAUUCAAAAUAUGGGAUCUCUGACAAUAUACCAGAAUCGAGAUCAUGUGCUUAAGUCCACAACACUCCAACUUGAGGUAAAUUCCAACAAGGUAAGUUUGGGUUCUUCAGAUUAAAAAAUAACACGAUGAACUGCAUAUGAUUUUGAACAGAGAAGAAAACGUAAACCCAAAGUAACACUUUGUUAUAUCUGACUACAGAACCACAUGUUCAUAGUUGUAAGGGCCAAAUUUACGACCAGUGGAGAAGUUAUUAAUUUAAGGGGUGAACCACCUCUGGAAUGGUUUAGCAAGAAUAGCAGUUGAUGCCAGAUUAUGAACUCACUUAUAGAACAGAAAGAAAAAUAAAUCUUUGUUGUUCCCAGAAAUCUGAAACAUGAACAAUAAAUGCUGAAAAUGCGCAAUAAGUUAAAAGGAUCUGUAACCAAAAUAUUCAGCUGCUUUCUGUCCAGGUUUAUUGUUUAUAAUAAGAGUUCUCAAGAAUUUAUGCUUUUAUUGUUUAAUAAAAUAUUUUCUGUACUGGGGAGAUGAGGUAAAUAAAAGAAGUGACUCUGA